UCUCGGCACGUUUCGAGCCAAAAGAGGGGUUCACUCUUGUGCUUCGUUCUGCAACUGACACUGGGAAACAGAGAUGGCACCUGGCAAGAAGGGAAUCAUUGAGCGGCUGAAUGCCGGGGAGGUGGUGAUCGGCGAUGGAGGCUUCGUGUUUGCACUGGAGAAGAGGGGAUAUGUGAAGGCUGGGCCCUGGACUCCUGAAGCCACUGUCACUCACCCCGAAGCGGUGCGACAGCUGCACAGGGAGUUCCUCAGGGCCGGAUCCAAUGUCAUGCAGGCAUUUACGUUCUACGCCAGUGAUGACAAACUGGAGAACAGGGGUCAGACACUCAGUAUCACUGGAGUACAAGUCAACGAGGCCGCCUGUGACCUGGCGAGGGAGGUGGCCAACGAGGGCGAUGCGCUGGUCGCUGGUGGAGUGUGUCAGACUCCAUCCUACCUGAGCUGCAAGAGUGAGGCAGAAGUGAAGGGCAUCUUCAAGAAACAGCUGGAAGUGUUCGCAAAGAAGAACGUGGACUUCCUGAUCGCUGAGUACUUUGAGCACGUUGAGGAGGCGGAGUGGGCCGUGCAGGUGCUGAAGACCAGCGGGAAGCCGGUGGCUGCCUCUCUGUGCAUCGGGCCGGAGGGAGACAUGCACGGCGUCUCCCCCGGAGAGUGUGCUGUCAGGCUGGUGAAGGCCGGUGCCCAGAUCGUUGGCGUCAACUGCCACUUUGACCCCAUGACCUGCGUGAAGGCUGUGAAGUUGAUGAAGGAGGGAGUGGAGAAGGCCGGGCUGAAGGCUCACUACAUGGUGCAGCCACUUGCCUUCCACACUCCCGACUGCAACUGUCAGGGAUUCAUCGACCUACCAGAAUUCCCUUUUGCCCUGGAGCCCAGGAUCCUGACCCGCUGGGACAUGCACACGUACGCCAGAGAGGCCUACAAGGCUGGAAUCAAGUUCAUUGGAGGCUGCUGUGGCUAUGAGCCUUACCACAUUAGAGCUGUGGCAGAGGAGCUGGCCGUGGAGAGAGGGGUGAUGCCCCCCGGCUCAGACAAACAUGGAAUGUGGGGCGCUGGUCUGGAGAUGCACACCAAGCCCUGGGUCAGAGCCAGGGCCCGCCGUGACUACUGGGAGCAUCUCCUGCCCGCAUCCGGUCGUCCCCUUUGUGCGUCCCUGUCCACACCAGAGAGCUGGGGUGUGACCAAGGGCCACACUGACCUGCUGCAGCACAAAGAGGCCACCAGCACCCAGGAGAUGAAGCAUGUGCUGGAAAAGCAGAAGAAGACCAAGUCCUCUGCAUGAGCGAGAGCGUCGUCGGUCAACAACAACCAAGAGGACGACGGGGAGGGAGUGAAGUCUUUCCCAGUUCAGCUUGGAGAUAAAAAGCACUUGUAACAGUGAUGCUCCAGCUGUGGAGUAUUACCAUGUGAACCCCUCAACAAUAAACACCAGUUUGUUGCAUACUUUUA